UGUUUCCUCUCCGUGGCCUGAGCGAGGAAGGGAUGUGUUGCCACUAGGAGUCAUCCACGGAGUCUGUGGCAGUUGCGACGUAUGGGAAGAAUUGCAUGCACAGAUAGCCUUUAAAAUCCACACGGGAUUUUGAUCUAUUCAGCAAACUAUGCGGUUAAACGGAAUUUCCAAUUUGAAUGUGCUGAACACAUCAGAACAUUGAGUGCUCAAUCUUACUGCCAAAAGUGGCGUUGUUUGACAAGGGGGAAAGGAAGUCUAACUCCAGAAAUCGAAAACUGUCUGAAUAAGAAGCCGUUGACUAGAAGGGAAAAGGAAAUGGCACAUUGACAAUUUACAAAAGCGGCUGCACUUUUUACGUGCCCGUAAAAAUGUUGCGUCACGCUCGUAGGCUAUACUCACCGAAGAGGAGUUUGUGUAUGCUAUAGAAUACUGAAGGGGAAACAUAUUUUGCGAACAUCGGAUUCUGAGCAGCACGUUUAAACCUUGACAUCCACACCUGGAAAAGGGACUCGAGAGAAAGAAAACCACAUGCUAUGGAAAAUCGUUCUACAUGCACAGCUGAAAGGGGAUGUAUAUCCUAAAAGUUUACUUUCGAGUCUGGAAACCAUGUACAAUCGCUACCACCGAUAAACAGGUUAUUGGAAUAAGUAGGCGAUACCUAGUGAAAUGUUCUGUGAAAGUCGAAUGACGGAGACGUGAUUGUCCACGACACAUUUGGAGGAAAGUUCUCGCUUUUUAUAACGCGCACGGCGAACUCGGCGAAUCUUUCAAGGCUAAAAAUUCGUUUUCUGCUGUGAGCGUGCGGGACUCUUGAAACGCAUCCAUGAGUUUUUACCUGGUCAAACCAGAUGGAAGGUAUGACUCGAUAGGCGGCGCAAGCACUUACCUUAGUGUUCAUUUUCAUGGGUUGCCUACUAAUACAAAAUAACUACAGGAAGAAGGCAGGGUUGUCGCUUUUGUGUGUUUGCCAGCACGAUUUGCUGAAUCACACAAACCCUUCCGCAUUGACAUGAAACUUUGCUGUCGUUAGGCUGUACAGCGAUUUUGUGCUUUUUUGAACUCCUUCGAAGUUUCUUACUGAGAGGAACAUGCAGAACCAGACACCAUGUUGUUAUAAUGAGUAAUUGAAGACUAUAUUCUAGGGUACUUCAUGGUGCUUUUUUAUUUUACCUUUUUUCAUCUUUCUCCAACGGAAGCUUCAAGACACUCAAUACCAAUUAUCCGCCACUAAAGAUAGUUCAUGCUGUGCAUGUGACUAUUGACAUAAACUUUGGCUCUUUUUGUAGGUCCUAAAGCUUCUUGUUACGCAGUUCCACUGUUGUACUGGAUAGCGCAAACGAUGAAGCUUAGCAGACAAUUCACAGUUUUUGGCAGUGCCAUAUUUUGCGUGGUGGUAUUCUCGUUGUAUCUAAUGCUGGAUCACCUACAAUUAGACCAUACCAAAAACCCAAGCAACGGAGUGGGGAGGUUUCAAAACGGCCAGCUCUCCAUUCUGCAGGAGAAGAUUGACCAUCUGGAGAGGCUGCUGGCAGAGAAUAACGAGAUCAUCUCCAAUAUCAGGGACUCUGUGAUCAACCUCAGCGAGUCUGUGAAGGACGGGAGGGGGAGCCUUGAAGUGGGGAACCUGACCCGCGGGUCCUACCCGGAACUUCUCGCUUCUCCCCCGCUUGUCGUGCCCAUCGACUCCCAAGACUGCCAGUUUGCCACAAGGCCUUACUCCAAGUCCGCCGAUGGAGUGCAGAUGCUGGACGUGUAUGACCUGCUCACAUUUGACAAUCCUGAUGGCGGAGUCUGGAAGCAGGGUUUCGACAUUUCGUACGAGGCGAAUGAGUUGGACAGUGAACCGUUGCAGGUUUUCGUGGUGCCCCACUCUCACAAUGACCCCGGGUGGCUGAAGACGUUUGAUGACUACUACCGGGACCAGACACAGCACAUCUUAAAUAACAUGGUGGUGAAGCUCCACGAGGAUGAGAGGAGAAAAAUGAUAUGGUCUGAGAUUUCGUACUUCUCCAAAUGGUGGGAGAGCAUCGACAACCAGAAGAGGGAUGCUGUCAAGAGGCUGAUCGACCGCGGCCAGCUGGAAAUCGCCACUGGAGGCUGGGUGAUGCCUGAUGAGGCCAGCACACACUAUUACGCCCUGAUCGACCAGCUUCUAGAAGGACACCAGUGGUUGGAGAAAAACUUAGGAGUAAAACCGCAGACUGGCUGGGCUGUUGACCCUUUUGGGCACUCUCCCACAAUGGCUUACCUGCUGAAACAGGCUGGCUUGUCCAACAUGCUCAUCCAGAGAAUACACUACUCUGUGAAGAAGCACUUUUCUGCACAAAAGACGCUGGAGUUCUUCUGGCGUCAGAACUGGGACACAGACUCCAGCACAGACAUCCUGUGCCACAUGAUGCCCUUCUACAGUUAUGACGUCCCCCACACCUGCGGCCCGGACCCCAAGAUCUGCUGCCAGUUUGACUUCAAGAGGCUCCCUGGGGGCCGAAUCAGCUGUCCCUGGAGGGUCCCUCCACAGGCCAUCACUGACGCCAACGUCCAGCAGAGGGCUCACCUGUUGUUGGAUCAGUACCGAAAGAAGUCCAGUCUGUUCCGUACCAAGGUGGUUCUGGCUCCCCUAGGGGAUGACUUCAGGUACACUGAGGCCUUGGAGUGGGACCAGCAGUUCCAGAACUAUCAGAAGCUCUUUGACUACAUGAACUCUCAGCCUGAACUGCAUGUCAAGGCCCAGUUCGGCACUAUUUCAGAUUACUUUGCGGCUGUGCGCAAGGCAGCCGAUGUGGACCCUGUGAAGGAUAGCAGCCCAGCGUUCCCGGUGGUGAGCGGAGACUUCUUCACAUACGCAGACAGGGAUGACCACUACUGGAGCGGAUAUUUCACAUCCCGUCCAUUUUACAAAAGGCUGGACCGAAUGUUGGAGUCACACCUGAGGGCGGCUGAGAUUCUGUACUCACUGGCCUUGGCUAGUGUCCAGAAGUCGGACAAAUUGAGUGAUUUUCCAUCCCUUGAGAAUUACAAAUCAUUGACUGAGGCCAGACGCAAUCUCGGCCUGUUUCAGCACCACGAUGCCAUCACAGGAACCGGGAAAGACUGGGUUGUCGUCGAUUAUGGUACCAGGUUGUUUCAUUCCAUUUUGAAUUUGAAGCAGGUGAUGGUCAACUCUGCACAUUGGCUGACACUGAAGGAGAAAGGGCAGUACAGUCACAAUCCUUCCAUCCCUUUCUUUCAGAUGGAUGACAUUCAGCCUGCUCAAGAUUCUUUGCCCCGUAAAACAGUCCUCAAACUGGGACCCAAGCCAAGGUCCGUGGUCGUCUGCAACCCCACAGAUCAGGACAGGUCGUCUGUGGUGACUGUGUACGUCAGCUCGCCCAGAGUGCGCGUGCUCACCGUCCACGGCCACCCGGUGGUGGCCCAGAUCGCCGCGGUCUGGGAGGAGCCCACCAAGGCCUCCAGAGAGGCCUUCCAGUUGUCCUUCGUGGCACAGGUGCCUGCCCUGGGCCUGGGUGUUUACCAGCUGAGCGAGGGUGGAGAAUUCCGCACAGUCCCGGCAGACUACACCUUCUUAAAGCAGGGGAGCCAGCUGUCCAUUAUGGGGACGGAACACUUCAAAGUGGCCCUGCCUCAGGAUGGCUCCGCCCACUUCACCAUAGAAAGCCCCCUCCUGAAGAUCUGGUGCUCUUCAGAAUCUGGCAUAAUGGAGAAAAUUAAAAACAAGGAAGAUGGUGCAGAGCAGCACAUCAAGGUGGACUUUUUAUGGUAUGGAACAACCAGCAAGAGAGAUAAGAGUGGGGCCUACCUUUUCCUGCCUGAUGGGGAAGCUAAGAUUUAUACUACCAACAGUCCUCCCCUAAUUAGAGUAACCAAAGGAAUGGUGUUCUCUGAAGUUACAACUAUCUAUGAACAUGUGACUCACAAUGUCCGACUUUACAAUGUGCAAGGCGUAGAGGGCCAGUCUGUGGAGAUCUCCAAUACUGUGGAUAUAAGGGGGGAGUCCAACCGUGAAAUUGCAAUGAGGAUAACGUCAGAUCUGAACAGCAGCGAUCGAUUCUUCACAGACCUCAACGGUUUCCAGAUACAGCCCAGAAAAACAAUGGCAAAGCUGCCACUUCAAGCAAAUUUCUACCCGAUGACCACAAUGGCAUACAUCCAGGACCCCAAUGCUCGACUAACCCUGCUCUCUGGCCAGUCCCUCGGAGUGGCCAGCUUAAAAAGUGGGCAGGUGGAGGUCAUCAUGGAUCGGCGACUGAUGCAAGAUGACAAUCGAGGACUGGGCCAGGGCGUCCAAGACAACAAGAUCACAGCAAACUUAUUCCGUCUCCUCCUGGAAAAGCGAAACCAGCUGGACGAGAGAGAAAAGGCCCAGCCUGUGAGCUACCCCUCCUUGUUGAGCCACAUCUCCUCCAUGUACCUGAACCACCCUCUCAUUCCUAUGGCUGUCAGCCUGGAUUUUGAGUCCAUCUCCCUGUCACCCUUCAGCCCGCUUGCAUCAUCCUUGCCCUGCGAUGUUCACCUGGUCAACCUGCGCACCAUCCAGUCCAUGAAGGAGGGGGCUGGCCCGUCCAAUGAAGCGGCUUUGAUUCUGCACAGAAGAGGGUUUGACUGUGAGUUCUCCAACAGGAACACUGGGCUACUGUGCAUGACCAAUCGGGGCAAGAUUCUCGUGGACAAGUUGUUCAGUGAACUGACGGUGGGGAGUAUCACACCUGUAUCAUUGUCCCUGAUGCACACAUCUGACAGAGGGAGAGGCCAAAGGGAAAUCCAGCUGAAGCCGAUGGAGAUCAGCACAUACCGUGUACAGCUGAGAUGAGCCUGACCCUGAAUCGGAUUGAGAGACACGCAUAGACCAUGCUCCUCUUCUGUGUCCAACACAGCCAUUGGAGUGAUGCAAGAGCCACUAGGCUAUAUCUUUCAGUUACUGAAGAUCAAAACUGAUGGGAAUUCUAGAUUUAAAGAAAUAGAAUUUAAAAAAGGCUCUCUAAGAAACACAGUCGAGUGCAAUAAAGAAUUAUUUAAACGUUUGCCCAGCAGCAUGGUCUCAGGUCUCGUAUUUUUGCGAACAUUUAUGCCGCAUUUUAACAGGAAAUUCACUGUGCUGGAAACUAUUGACUCUAUUUGGGUGUUCGAUUUGGAUUUUAACUUGUUUUUGUCUUGGAAUGAAUGAUUAUCUACUGUUGAUCCCAAAAGGAUGGGCGUAUUGUUCCUUGUCUUGAAUUUAAUGAAGGUGAAUUGGAAUUCCAUGUGUUCUACAUAAUCUAUGUGGUCAGACACACACAGCUCAAUCUGUGUUCAAUGCAUUGUCAAUGCCAUAUUCAAUCAGUCUUGAAUGUGUCUUAAUGUGCAGAAAAAGGAACUUUUUUUCUCAAAACAUCCAACCUUCUCAGAAGCAGUUUAUUCCAAGCUGGAUAUGUUUUUAUUGUUCCAAAGUUUAACCUUGUGGAAAUUUGAAAUGUGCCUUAUUUCUCAAUUUCAUAACAAAACGUUUUCUUAAUGAGUCUUUCUAUCUGGUCUUUGUAUCUUGGUGCGCUCUUGUUUUGGUGGAGUUCAGUGUCCCAUACAUUAUGCUGUCAGUGCAAAUGAGUGCAGCUAUUAACCUGUGAUCACAAUCAUCAGUAUGGGUCCACUUUCUUGGCCUUUGUUAGUGUGAAAAUAUUUCUGUUUAAUGCUUUACAUAACUUGUUGAAUCAGGUUUAAUUCUUUGUUUACCAUGGGAUGAAAAAUCUUCAAAAUGUUACCUGUGUUAAACCAGCUACUAUUUAAAAAAAAAAAAAUUAUUUUAUUGACAAAUAAGCUUUUACACUUAGUCUUAAGUAUGGUGAAAGGGGGUGAACAGUGUUUGGAAAUGUAUAUAAAUAUUCAAUUUUGACCUUUAUCUCAGCCAAACAGAAAGAUUUUACAUAUUACAUAUAUGUGGAAUACAAGCUGAGCCAUUUUAAUGCUGAGUACUUCAAGCACAUGGUCAAGUCACUUGCAUUAAUGUAGCAGCCUAAAUUUAACCUACAGUGUUAGUCUGUGAAACAUCCUUGGAUUAGACUAGAAUUGGACUCCAGGAUUAGAAUUGCCUACCCCUGGUGUAACUCAUAAAUUACAGAUGCUUACAUUGAACUGAGCUACAACAUAAAAUGUCACUACCUUUCUUAAACUAAAAUGUCUUGAAAGGUGAGAGGAAAUUGUAUAAAAUUACCAACAGCAAAAAAAGUGACCAGCCAAAUCAACUUGUUUUGAGAUUUUUAGAUAAUACUAAUAAUCUUCAGCAAACAAAGGAUACAGUGUUGUCAUUCUUCGGUUCCCUAUGAAGUUUUUUUUUUUUUUUUUUUUUUUAAAUUCUUACUAUAUUUUUUUAUACUGUUAGCUGUGCCAUUAAAUAAUUUAUCCGUCCUUCUGGACCCUGAACCAUAACUUUGCUUAGUGAAUUCACUGGGAUGCAGUGGCGGGAAAGGUUUUGUUUUUAUCAUUACAUAUGCCAAAAACUGCACUGAAAAUCAAACUAUGCCAUAGUGUGUUCUGCCUUACCUGUAACAGAUGCAUUAUAUGAGUAUCUCCUCUGCAACACCUGUGGCAAGGCAAAGACCUGCAAAAAGUCUGUCUUGGAGCCAUGCAAUUUGCUUGGAAGGCUUUAGCAUUUUUCAGCGUUACAAAUAACAGAUGCCAAAGGUCACCUAGCCUGUCAAAUCUGAACAGAUUUGAUCUGUCUCUGUAGCUUGGCUUGUGAAGUCCACUUUGGCAGCAGGGGAAAUGCCUUUGUGUGUGCAGUCCAUUUGCUCCAGUCAAGAAUUAUGAAAAUGAAAUGUAAAAAAAAAAUAAACGCUUUUAGUUACUUCGCUCUUGAAGAGCAUUGGAGUUUUGUGUAAAUUGAUGUGAUCAUAAUGUUUAUCCUUAAUGUAGGAGGGUCAAAGCCUCAAGUAAAGGCCCCUCCUUACAAGUGAUCCACAAAAAACAGGAAACAGUUGAAGAACCACUGCCUUAAUUCAUUAUUGUGGAAGAGCAAUUACAUUUUUUAAGCUUUCUCCUAUUUUGUUUAUUGUCACCUUUUCCAAGUUAUCGGAGACAACCUAUCUUGCUUUGCAUCGUGAUUUUUGUUUAAGGUCUUCAAAGGACUAUUUUUUUAAACAGUUCUUCCUUCAUCCAUAGAUAAGUUGAUGAGAUAAAUUAAUUUAGAUAAGCCCUGUCAAUGCAGUGCAGUACUGUUAAAGAUAUAGGGCUAUAUUUUAACGAUCUAAGUGCACAGUCUAAAGCGCAUGGCGCAAGUGCAUUUAGGGCCGCUUUUGCUACUUUAACAGCAGAUAAUCUGAGCUAAAGGAAGGUGCAUGGUUCAAAGGGGUUGCACUUAGUCUCUUAAUUAAUCAUAGGUUUGUUUUGGGCGUAACAUGAAAUCAACCAAUCAGAUUGUCAUCUCCCAUUCCCUUUAAAAGCCAGCGGCGCUUGCACCUUGGCGGAUUGCUAUUAUAAUGGCGGAUUUGCCAAGUAGUAGGAAAGAACGCUUCUCUGCAGAGAAAACGGAUCUGCUCGGGCGCGUAAAACACUGCGCCAUUGACUUAAGACCAGGUUUUUGUUGGUCAAUCGCGCAAUCGCUUUCCGCUGCCUCAAGAUAGCAGUGCGCCAACAAUGUGCCUGACCACACCUCAUGCCCAUGGGCGCUCAGAUGGACACAAGUACAUUUGCUAUUUAAACAACGUGUGCGCUGGACGGGAAAAUGACAACUGCGUCAGUCUGAAACUAGCAAAGACACCUGCGUUGCGCUUGGCGCCGCUUUGCGCCGGGUGUAAGAUAGAGCCCAUAUUGUUAUUUGUCUGUAAUUAAAUAGAAUGAGCGUGAAAACAGGGGUCAUUUUUCAUUGUUGCUUCCUAUGGUAGUGGAGGACACUUGAAAUCCUGUCUGAGACCAGCUGUAUCUUGAAGAGUCUCCAGCUGUCAUAAGGUUUUGCCAAAUCCCAUCUGUUGCUGUUGCUGCUACUACAUGAUUUUAUUGUGGGGAUUGAUGGAGGUCCAAUGCCAGUUGAUUUUAUUUAUUUUUUUAAUGUUAAUUUUAAGUUUAUAAUGAAAUGAGUUGAAUCUAUGGGAUGAUAGUGCAACUGCAAGACUUCAAAAAUGUAAUAACAAUAUGUAAGGACAUUGCUUAGGCAAUGCUGUGUUCUGUUUUUUAUUUUAUUUUGUAAAUGCAUGGAAAGUGGUUUUACUGUAAGUGCUGCGGGAUGUUCGAAAGUGAUGUUGAAUGUUGAAAUUUAGCUUUCUAGCAAUAGUCUCCUCUCAUUAAGGUAAUAAAUUACUUUUUAGGGGAAGGGUUAUCACUUUCUCUACAGUUAUGAUCAUGGUAGGACCUGGUUUAUAAUGAUUGUAGUGGAUUGGCAUAAUCAUAAAAAACCUGAAACUCCCACACUGUUCCCAGUCGGAAGUAUUUCUUGUGAUCUUGCCUUUUGAAAUCUGUAAGUAUUAUUAUUAUUUUUUUAUUUUUUUUUGUGGGUGGGGAUGUAGUUGUGUGUAAUGUUGAUAUCACUUUUUACAGAUUGCUGCUCAUUCAGGAUUUGAUUUUUUCUAGAAUUUUCUAUCUUUGAUUAAAAUGUAAUAUAAUUGAGAAAUAAUAAAAGGAAAUAUUACA